CUCGGCCGGCGACAUGGCCCUGUACUGCGGCGACAACUUCGGCGUCUACUCGCAGCCGGGCCUGGCCGCGCCCGCCGCCCCCGCCGCCCCGGGUGCGUCCCCCGCCACCCGCUCUUCCUACGCGCUGGCCGACUACGCCGCGCCUCCUCCGGCCGCCGCCAACCCCUACCUGUGGCUCAACGGGCCCGGCGUGGGCGGCUCGCCCGCCGCCGCCUACCUGGGCGCCCCGCCGCCCCCGCCCCCCGGAGCCGCGGCCGGACCCUUCCUGCAGCCGCCGCCCGGCGCGGGCACCUUCGGCUGCGCGCAGCGGCCCUUCGCGCAGCCCGCGCCCGCCUCGCCCAUCGCCGCGCCUGGGGCCGCCGGGGCUCCCGGAGAGCUGGGCUGGCUGUCCAUGGCCAGCCGCGAGGACCUGAUGAAAAUGGUGCGGCCGCCCUACUCGUACUCGGCGCUCAUCGCCAUGGCCAUUCAGAGCGCGCCCGAGCGCAAGCUCACGCUCAGCCACAUCUACCAGUACGUGGCCGACAGCUUCCCCUUCUACCAGCGAAGCAAGGCAGGCUGGCAGAACUCCAUCCGCCACAACCUGUCGCUCAACGACUGCUUCAAGAAGGUGCCCCGCGACGAGGACGAUCCAGGGAAAGGUAACUAUUGGACUUUGGAUCCAAACUGUGAGAAAAUGUUUGACAAUGGGAACUUCCGUCGGAAACGAAAACGCCGCUCAGAAGCCAGCAGUAACUCCGCAGUGGCUGUGGUGACAUCAAAAUCAGAAGGACUGGGGGCUGGUGCAGGCUCCAAGCCAGAAGGAAACAGCCCCUCCUCCCUGCCCCUGAGGCUCCCACAGUCCCCAGAGCCCCCUGAGGGUACCAAGAGUACUGCAUCCUCUCCUGGCUCCUCCCUGCUCAGCUCCACCCCCUGCCUCAGCACCUUCUUCAGCAGCCUCAGCACCCUAAGUAGCAGCAGCAGCAGCAGUGGCACCCAGCGAGCCCUCCCCGGCAGCCGCCACCUAGGCAUCCAGGGUGCCCAGCUGCCCUCCAGCAGCCCGUUCCCCUCAACCUCCAUCCCCGAGGGCUCCUCUGACACCUUGCAGCUGAGUAGCAGCACCAGCAGCACCCAGCGACCUUCCUAUUACAGCCCUUUCCCUGCCAGCAGCAGUUCGGGCCAGAGCAGCCCUUUUGGCAGCCCCUUCUAUAACUUCAGCAUGGUCAACAGCCUCGUCUACCCCCGAGAGGGCUCGGAGGUGUAGCGUGCCCCUUUCAAACAGAUCCUACAGUUGAAUCAAGCUUCUGUGUGGUCCUGUGGUCCAGGGAAGCAGAGGACUCUAACUCUCCAAGGAGCUCUCCCAGCUGUCUCUGGAUAACAGCUGCUGGAUCUAUUCCGAGACAGGUAGCCUGUGAGCCCCGUUCAGGCCGGGCCCAUCUCUGUUCCGUUUGUCGCUGCGUCUCGGGAUGGCAAGCCCAAAUGUGUCCCAGCAGCUCCAAAACAUGAAAACCACAGCACCUUGCACCUGAAGCAGAAGAGAGAGCUUGGUGGAAGCCUGCUGUGAGCAACCGGUGGUCUUCCACAUGGCAGGGUGCUGAUUUUUCUAGAAAAGCCAGAUAAUCUGUAUUUUUUAGGAAAUGCCACAAAUCCUUGGACUUAUGUGCAGUUCACAGGUGUCCCCUCUGUCUGGUAUAAGUGGUAGACACUUCCAGAUUUCUCUUUGAAGCAAGGAAUGUCACCUUCAAAAAGUGGCUAAAACACUAGCACAGACUGAGAAUUUUGUCAGCAUUUAAUGAGUCUGCUCUACUCAGCUUGAAAGCUGAGUACAGUGGUCUCAGCUGGGUACCAGUAAAAAUAAAACUGUAUGAGCAGCACUGUGUUCCAAGUACUAGUGUAGAUGGCUGGACACAUCUUAACCUGCCAUCCUCAUAGCAACUGUGGGAGAUAGGUUUGACCGGCCUUCGUUUCUGUUUCAAGGGAAGUAGUUUUCUGAGAUGUUAAGUAAGUUGCCCUAGGUCACACAGAAAAUUGUAGAUUCAGGUAGAUCUGGUGCUUGUAACUUCUGUGUUCUAGCUCCUAAAAUUAACCAGCCUUGUGGGCAAACUUCUGUAAGAAUAGAAGAGGGUAGGAAUGGAGCUAGAUCUCACCUAACCAAAGAUUCUAGUUAAAAUCUUUCCUUUUUUUUUUUUUUUUUUUAAAGACAGUGUAUUAGUUUCUUGUUGCUGGGACAAAAUACCUGAUACCUGCAACUUAAAGAAGAGCUUUGUUUUGGUGCAUGGUUGGCAGACUCCAUGACAGAAAUGACAUGGUAAGAGGGCAUGGUGGAAGAAGGCUGCUCGUGCUAUCUAUGGUGCCCAGGAAGCAGAGAAGUGCAAGGAACAAAAAUGCACCCUUCUAAUCCUGGUGUGGCACACACCUAUAAUUCCAGUAUUUGAAGGCUGAGGCAGGAGGAUCGCCAUGAGCUGAGGGCCAGCCUGGGCUACAUAGUGAGUUCAAGGCCAGUCUACACUACAAAAUGAGACCCUGUCUCCAAAAAAAGACAUAGUCUGGGGACAUUUUAGAUCUAAACCAUAAAAGACAAGGUCUAGCUAUGUAGGCAGACUUUGAACUCUGUGUAGCCAUCUGGCCUCCCACUUGGAAUCCUCCUGCCUCAGCCUCCUGAGUGCUGGGAUUGCAGGUGUGUGCCACCACACCUGGCUGAAAUAAGUCACUUGAAAUGGUUUUCCUGAGUAGCAAAAGCAAUACCACCUCUCUUAUUCCUGCUACCGAUGUUCAAGUUCUGAGAGGACCAUCGCCCUAGCAUAUGAUGGUUAGCAGCAUCCUAUCCCUCUUAGCUGUGUCCUGGAUAUUUCAUUUCCUAGUAAAGUAUUAUUAAAAUUUUAUUGUUAAACAGUUUUUUUAAAUGGGAUUUUUGUAGCUUUCAAUAUGAGAAACCAUUUGUGAUCAGAUUUUUAAAAAUAGAUGUAUAAUUUUAUUUAUUUUGGAUUCCCUUUUACUUCUCAGCAGUCUCAUCCUUUGAAUGACUUUCCUGGUCCUCCUCCCAGUGCUGUCAGAGACCCUGGGAUAUUAUGUGGUAAUCACUUGGCCAUUAUUUGUUGAAUGGCAGUGUAUUCAAGAAGUAUUAAUUAAAAAUACAAAUAGUUGUUGGGUUUACAGGAACAGCUUUGGAUGAAGAUGAAGAUAAUGUCCUUAGUUGCCUUCAUACCAUGUUUUUGAGCCUUUGUGAGGAUAGUUGGGUGUUUUAAGAUUUUAGAAACUGUCAUACAUAUUAUAAAAAUUUUGUUUAUCUCUGUGUUUUCUUUUUAAGACUCACAGCAUUACUUUAAAAUUUAUUUUGAAAUACACAUGGGAAAUUUUUCAGGGAGGGGGGGAGUGUAUUUUUCCCAUGGCUUGUGAGGUACAGAUUAUAUCACUAUUGCCUUUUUUUUUAAGAAAUAAGGAAACCCCAUUGCCUUUUGCUGUUGUGCAGAAUGACAACCAAAGAGACUACCUACCCCAUACUGUAUCCAAAAUCCUGUUUUUAUGGAUAUUUUUGUAUGUGAAAAAUCAUGGAUUUUAUAUUGUUUCUAUCAAGUCUAUAAUUGUGAAUUAAUUUAUAAUGUGAACGGGAGCAGCAAAGAAAACAUUUUUCCCUCGAAAAUACAGGGCAAGGAGAGAAGAAUCAUGUGAUGUGGACUUUGAGCAGCUUAGCUUC